AUGGAAGAUGAAAAGUUGCCCGAAUCAAACGAUGCAAAAUUUAAAAAUAAAUUCUCGACGUAUUUUCAUACUUAUAUUAUACUUCCAUUUAAGAAAAAUCCUUUAAAAAGUACUUCAAUAACUUUAGUCGCUUUAUCAUCUUUAUUUAUCUUUAUACUACUAGUUGGUAGUAAUAAAACUAUUUAUUUGGCAAAAUUUUCUUUUGGUGACCCAAUAAAGCUUUUAACGGGAAAGAAUGAAAUGAAAUUUACUUUGUAUUGUUAUUGUGUGGAUGAUUAUUGUACUACUCCUUCUUUAACCAAUAAUUUCGAUAAAGUACCUUCCCCUUCUGAAAUCAAUCUCCCUUCAGUUCCUUCGAUUCCUUCAACUCCUUCACCUCCUUCAACACCUUUUUCACCACCUUCAACACCUUCAACACCAUCAACACCAUCCCCUAAUGAAAUUGCUUCUGGAUUAUCAAAUG